AUGUUUUCCAGUCUUCUUCCUAAACAAUCAUCAUCUCUUGCACCACUAUAUAGUAAUAUUAAUAAUAAUAGAGUUGAACUGCCUUCCAUUGAAGGUUUGGGUCAUAAUAGUCAUAACAAUUUCAUAUUCCCCAACGUCAUUAAUUCUUUCACUACUGACGCAAAUAGCAACAAUUUAAUAGACUCUCUAACUUCAAAUUAUGUGUCUGUUACAGCAACACUUUCUAAUAAUAACAGUAACGAUCAAUUUCCAACUUUGUCAUCUUCAUCACCAAUAUUACGAAAUAUGACUAAUAAUAUUAAUGAUAUUGAUGAUAGUAGUUUUUAUCAUUACAAUAAUAAGAAUGAUUGUCAUCAAAAUGAUGAUGAUAAUGAAGUUGUUGAAGGUGAUGAAGUAAUGGAAGAAGUUAUUAUUAAUGAUAAUAAUGAAAUUGGCAAUUAUAUUCCAAUUCAAUAUAAUUUCAAAUCUAUUCCUGAUUAUCCAGAUUAUGACCUAUGUGUGACUAUUCGUGUCUGUCCAAACUAUUUCAAUACCCAAAAUCAACAAGAAACAGUUAUAAAAGUAGAGCUUGGGGGAAUCAUGAUAGUGUUAGCUAUAAAUCGAAAAGAUUGA